CAUCUGCAAUAAAACAAAGGAGUAAUUUUCGAGAAACAAACUUCCAUCUCCAGUCUUUUUUUCCCCUUGUACUCACUGUGCAUGAAAAGUGAGCUGGUGCUGGCGGAGGUUGAGAUAGAGGAGGGAGGAGGAAAAAAGGAGGGAGGAUGGUCCUGCUGUCAAGCACAGAUGAAAAUACAGCAGCAGGUUUGAGGAGGGCACAUAAUCGUAUUUCGUCCCUCCUUGGAAGCACAGACGAACAGUGGAUACGCGAGCACGAGCCGGGCAAAACAGCUUGAUGUUGGCUUUCCACCUAAGCUGGCGUAGUGCAGUUUUUGUAGCGUCUACCAUGGAAACUUCAGAGACCAUUUAGAAACAUUCGGGGAUUAUCAAUAUAGCGGUAGGAUUUCUAACAAACUGUAAGCUAAAUGGACACAAAUACGCCCCCCAAAAAAUCGGUCUUCGUGGGCGAGAUGCGUGUUUGUUUGCGCAACAGCUUGGGAAAUGUGCUGGACACUAAACAGAAAUGUAACUGAGCUCCAACAGACCACAUACGUCAUUUCAGCUUUUGGUUUCUUUGUGGUUGUUCACCAAAGUAUCCACUCAGCCACUCCUACAGUCCUUCCUCAUACAGUGAAGACAGAAUGCCUAUUAUCAGCAAUGCCAACCACGACUUUAGCACCUACUCAAUUAGCAGUGACGACAGUAGCCUUGACCGAUUCUUCACAGAGAUCCCUGAAACAGAGACGAUCAAGGGGGUGUACUUCCAGCGGGCCCAGCUUCUACGUGAGCCAAAGGCCUCGCAUGUGGUCGAUCACACCCUUCAAGUCCUUGUCAAUGUUGGAGGCAAUCGCUAUACCUUCCCCUGGAGCACACUGGAGCAAUUCCCCCAGAGUCGCCUGGGACGCCUGCGCUUCUGCACCACCCCUGAGGAGAUUGCGCACCUCUGCGAUGAUUAUGAUGAGACAUGCAAGGAAUACUUCUUUGACCGCAACCCCACAGCUUUCAGGGUCAUCCUAAACUUCCUCGCAGCAGGCAAAUUGCGUCUACUCAGGGAAUUGUGUGCCGUAUCGCUGCAUGAUGAGCUCGACUACUGGGGCGUUGACCCAGGUCACAUGGAGCGGUGCUGCCGUCGUCGCAUGAUCACCCGUGUGGAGGAGGUGGCCGAGCGAGAGCGCAAAGAAGAGGAAUGGAGACAGAAGAGGAUGAUGCUGAAGAAAAACAUAGCAGAGGUGGAGAGAGGCCACUGCAAGCUGAUCUGGAUGCUGCGGGAAGUGGUGGAAAACCCUCACUCAGGAUUGGCAGGAAAGAUUUUUGCUUGCCUCUCUGUCAUGAUGGUGCUGGUCACCGUGGUCAGCCUGUGUAUCAGCACCAUGCCAGACCUCAGAGAUGAAGAGACCAGGGGCGAGUGUUCCCAGAAGUGUCACAGCAUGUUUGUGGUGGAGUCCAUCUGUGUAGCCUGGUUCACGUUUGAAUUUGUGCUGCGAUUUAUCAACGCCCAGAGCAAGCUGGCCUUUGCUCGUGGGCCCCUCAACAUCAUCGACGCCAUCGCCAUCCUGCCGUACUACGUGUCGCUGGUGGUGGAUGUCAGAGACGGGUCCGAGGAGGAAGUGGUCAUGGGUGCUGGCAGGGGCUACCUGGACAAACUGAGUCUCAUUCUGCGCUUGCUGCGCGCACUGCGCAUCCUGUACGUUAUGCGGCUAGCUCGUCAUUCCCUGGGCUUGCAAACGCUGGGGCUGACCAUGCAGCGCAGCAUGAGGGAGUUUGGCCUACUGCUGCUAUUUGUCUGCGUGGCCGUUACUCUCUUCUCACCUUUGGUUCACCUCGCAGAGAGCGAACUGGCGCCGUACGCCGCCACCCACCCGCAGCACAGCUUCAGCAGCAUCCCGGCCACUUACUGGUGGGCAAUCAUCUCUAUGACAACUGUUGGUUAUGGAGACAUGGUCCCCCGCAGCAUCCCUGGUCAGAUGGUGGCAUUGACUAGUAUCCUGAGUGGAAUCCUCAUCAUGGCCUUCCCUGCCACUUCCAUCUUCCACACCUUCUCCCGCUCCUAUCAGGAGCUAAAGCAGGAGUACGAGAGGCUCUGGAAGGAGGAGAGAGGCGAGGAAAUAGCAGCAGAGUCAGAGGAGAGAUGCACCAAGGUCGACUUGACGUUAGUUCACAAUUUGGAGCUGACAACAGACAGAGAUGAUCAUUCGACUCUUCCAAGUACAGCUUUCUAACGAAACAGUAAUCUCGGAAAUGCAUCGAGAAAAAAACAUUCUCUUAGCAAGACAGAUGUUUGGACAAUUGUUUCUUCUUUCUGCCACAUUUUGAACCAAUCAGAACAAGUACAACUGGAGAACAUCACAGUUACAGAUCAGCAAGUAACCAGUGUCACUUG